AUGGGGCUGCUGGAUAAACUGUCAGGCUGGCUCGGCCUGAGGAAGAAAGAGGUUAAUGUUUUGUGUUUGGGACUGGACAACAGCGGCAAAACCACCAUCAUCAACCAACUGAAGCCAACUAAUACGCAGGCACAAGAAAUAGUCCCAACAAUUGGCUUCAACAUUGAAAAGUUCAAGAGUUCAAGCCUGUCCUUCACAGUGUUUGAUAUGUCUGGGCAAAGCCGAUACAGAAACCUAUGGGAGCAUUACUACAAAGAAAGCCAUGCCAUCAUAUUUGUCAUUGACAGCGGUGACAAACUGAGAAUGGUUGUUGCCAAAGAGGAGCUGGAUACUCUUCUGAACCAUGAAGAUAUCCGCAGCAAAAGAAUACCAGUAUUGUUCUUUGCUAACAAGAUAGAUCUGCGGGAUGCCAUGUCCUCUGUCAAGGUCUCACAGAUGUUGUGUUUGGAGAACAUCAAAGACAAACCCUGGCACAUCUGUGCCAGCAAUGCUAUCAAGGGAGAGGGCCUACAGGAAGGGUUGGACUGGCUACAAGAUCAUAUCAAAACAAUGAAUACAUGAAUGACUGAAAUGCCUGUGACCAUGGAUGCACUUUGGAGGUGGUAACUGGAUCUUGGAGUACUCAUCACACUUGAUGUUGUAGGCCUUAAACUUCAAUGUCAAAUAGACUAGUACUUCCUGUGCAUGCUAUGAAUUUGACGCCAUGUUUCUUUAAAAAAAUAAAAUAAAAUAAAAAUU